AUGACAAUGCCACAAACAAAAGGCUAUGAUAUCAAAGGAAAUCGAGUUAUAUUUCGGGAAAACCGUCAUUGCAUUCAUAACCAUAUGGUCAAGAAAAAACAGGGCAAGAAAAUUGAUGUGAAACUUCCACAAUCAUCACGGGUACACGAUAUCAAUUGCGGGUAA